AUGAAUACGGUUUCCUCGAACGUUUUUCACCGUCGCCUUGACGUUGAACCAUUGUACGCUAUUCGGGCCGAAGGCAAUUAUAUCUAUACCAAAGACGGACGCAAAAUUCUUGAUGGUGGUGUUGGUUCUGGUGUGACAACAAUUGGUUAUGGUCAUAAACGUGUCACUGAAGUUGUCGGCGCCACAAGUGGUUGCACUCUAGCAAUGCCAGGUUAUUUCAAGGCAAUGCGUGAAGUGUGUGAUAGACAUGGAGCUCUCUUUGUUCUCGAUGAAAUCAUGUGCGGUAUUGGUCGAACGGGCAAACUGCAUGCAUGGCAAUGGGAAAAUCUUUCAUCUCCACCUGAUAUUCAAGUCAAUGGAAAGGGUCUCGCUGGUGGAUAUGCUCGUAUUGGAGCAAUACUUGUUUCAGCCAAAGUUAUUGAUAUGUUGUCUGCUGGUUCAGUUGCUCUCUACCCUUGUUCAAAACGUACAUUCGACGGUAUUAGUGGAGAUCAUAUUAUCAUCGCCCCGCCGUAUACAAUUACUGAACAGGAGCUUGUUUUUCUUGUUGACAGUCUUAAAGCGUCGAUUGAUAUCGUCUUGCAAGCUGAUCCUGUUUAG